AUGCGCGAUGCCCUCGCCCUCCCUCUGCUCUUUAACACCCGCCCGGGGGUCGCCGGGGUCGCCGAUGGGGGCGUGGGAAUUCGGGAGGGCCUGGAGUGGCUGUUCACCCGCCGCGGCCCCGCACUGCAGCCGCUGCUGGAGGUCGUGGCGUCAAUCCCCGCCAAGACCCUCGGGCCGAGGGCGGAGCUGCUGCUCUGCAUCGUCCCCCUCGCCGGGCGCGGCGCGACGCGCUUUCACCGCCUGGGCUGGGACCGCAUGUUGGGCACUUUCCGGGAGGCGCUGGGCCUGGUGAUGCUGUUGAACGGCGUGGAGGGCGGCCUUGCCCACGCCAUCGCGCUCGCGCCGGAGGACGCCCAUGAGCCAGCCGAGUCCACACUGAUCCGCCGCUUUGGGCUUCGCCCGCUGGAGACGGUGGAUUUGAUCGACCCGGAGACCCACCCGACGCUUGAUGAUGCACCGCUGACGCAAACUGAGGCUUCACCCACGACAAACAUUGAUACUCUUCGGGAAAAAAUCAUUGAUUGCUUUGUGGACGGGAUGCACAUGUGCCGCAAAAUUAUUCACACAAAGCCGAUAUCCCUUCUGACCUCGGGGGCCGAGGCGAUCGACUUCAGCUUGUUGCGUGAUAACCCCAGCAAGUCGAUUCAGCUCGCAAAACUCAUGCAUAUCCCUGCCAAGCGCCAAACGCUAAAAAUGCAGACGGAUUUGAAAAGCUUGGCCGAAUGGGCUGGUGAGUUAAUCUUGAAAGCGGAUUAUAUGAGGGCGUACGUUCGCGAACAUGCCUUUUGGCUUGGAUUCGGCAGUGGAACAAGCGAGACUUUCCUCGAAAACCCCACCCUUGAGGAAUCUGGGGAAGUGAAACCAAAUUUUCACGUCAAAGGCUUCCGCAAUAUUGUUGUGGGGGAUUCAUCAUCUAUACCUAAUGCACUUUUCUCAAGCAAAUUUGUUAACUUCAAUUCUUUGUCAGCAGGUGGAAUCGCGACAGCUAUCGAUACCGGACGAUUGGCAGCAAAAUCUUUGGUUGUACGCUAA